AUGUUGAAAGAGGCUGGUAUCAUCACAGUCUCUCUUCUGCUGUUGUCCAUAAUGAACAAAGAGGAACUGCAUACGGAUUUUGCUAAAUUAAAAGUCACUGGCUCCAUCCAUCCCAUCGUGGCCAAGCGUGGGGAAGAUGUCACCUUAUCUUGCCAUCUCUCUCCUGAAACAUAUGCAAAACACAUGAAGGUGAGAUGGUUCCAAGUCCAUUUCUUUCAUCCUGGACACAUGGAGGUUGAUAUGAACAGAAAACCAAUAGCAGAGGACAAAAGGAUAUUAAUGGAGCCAGCUGCAAUCAACAAAGGGACAGUGACCCUGAAGAUAUUCCAUGUUGAUACUUUAGAUAAUGGACAAUAUUGGUGUCGUUUUGAACAAAAUGGCAUCUAUCAGGAAGCUAGUUUGGAGUUAAAAGUAGCAGGUUUGGGCUCAAGCCCUCAGAUCUACCUGAAGGGAAAUAAAGAUGGAAGACUUCAGCUGGUGUGCACUUCAGAAGGGUGGUUCCCGCAGCCUCUAAUGUGGUGGAGAGUGGAAGGGGGAGAGAAUUUGUCUGCCCUCUGGGAAGACAAGAUACAAGACAUAAAUGGAUUGUUCCACGUGGAGACAUCUGUGAUGAUCAGAAAUGACUCCAUGAGUAAUGUCAUCUGUUCCAUCUACAAUCCUUUGCUAGGUCAAGAGUUAUCUGCUUCCUACAUUCCAGAAUCACCACCACUGGGAAUGAUUCCUUCUUGGAAGACCCUGAUGCUCACCCUGGGGAUCUUCCUAAUUGCAACUACUGGAGUUUUCACAUGGCACCAGCGCUACAAAAGAGUGAACUGUACUCUGGACUCAAAAACAGCUCAUCCUGAACUCAUCAUUUCAGAGAAGGGUCGGUGUGUGACUCGUGGAAACAUGAGACAGAAUCUGCCUGACAAUCCGCAGAGAUUUAAUUUCCUUCCAAGUGUGUUGGGCCAGAAGAAAAUCACAUCUGGGAAACAUUACUGGGAGGUGGAAGUUGGGCCUGGAUCUGGGUGGUUCCUGGGCAUCUGCAGAGAAGAUGUGAAUAGGACAAGAGAUGCUCAAGUGACACCUGAGAAUGGUUUCUGGAUAAUAGGCAGCUAUGGGAAUGAUUACUGGGCCAUUACAUCACCUUCUACCCUCCUCUCCCUCAGGAUAUCCCCCCAUAAGAUUGGUGUUUUCCUAGACUAUCACCUUGGGCACCUUUCCUUUCAAAAUGUGACUGAUGGGUCUCACAUCCACACAUUCCACAUCACUUCCUUCUCUGGUACCCUACGCCCUUUCUUCCUCUUGUGGUCUCCUGAUUGUAAUGUUCCUUCAGGAAUAUUACAUAGGUUGGGAGGAGCCCAAAGAACCACCAGCCACAAAAGCGAGCCUGUCCCAUCUUCGAGGAAUUCUGCCUCUCCAAAAACAUUACCAUUGGCUACUGGGGACCAAGAUUCCUACUUGACUCCCAACUUCCUCAUAUCUUCUCGAAAGAGUAUCUCAGGAUCAAAAAGAUGUUUGGUUACGAAUCCUGUAACCUUUAUCCGGAUUCUUUUCAGUACCUAAUAUCUUCUCAAAAGAUCUUUUCAUCUCCAGUGUUUUGAUUUCCCUCCAGGAGCCAUUACAUCUCAACUGUAACCUCUCAUGAUCCAGAUUCUCAAAAAAAAAAAAAAUCUAAGAAAAAAUGGGUGGAGGAAGCCUGUAGAAUAAAAAUCUGAGAGGUAGUUCUACUAUAUUAAUCAAAUAAUUACUGUGAGAAAUUUUUUAGUAGAGUCUAAGUUUCAUGAGGGUAGAAACAACUUCUGGGAUUUUUACUGUGUAACUCCAAAGACUGAUAAAAUGUGUAUUUGUUUUCUGACUCUUUGUAACCCCUAUGGACAUUUGACCAUGAGGUUUUUCUUGGUAAAAAUAUUAGAGUAAUUUGCCAUUUACUUCUCCAGUGGAUCAACUUUUUUGGCAGUGAUCCAAAAGGCAAAUAGAGGUUAAGUGACAUGCCUCCGGUCAAUUGACUCGGAAAUAUCUAAGGCUGAAUCUGAACUCAGGUCUUACUGACUCCAAGCCCAGUGCUCUACUGUGCUACCAAAAGGGCCCCAUCCAACUUCUAAGGGUUUAAUACUUAAUAAUUUAAUAAAUAAAAAUGAAAACAUUGUGUCAGAAAUUUGGGAAGGUGUUCUACAUCCACCAUCCCAAUUAAUAAAAUUACACAAGGCCUAGCCAUCUCUAUUGAGUGAUUUAGUCAAUUAGAU